AGUCAUUUCUCUCCAAAACCCUUUCUACUGUAUCCAUCCUCUCUCGGUCUCUUCUGAAGAAAUUCUCUAACCCUCGCCCAACGAUGGCUGCAGCAUUAGCAAGAGCUAUAAUCACAAAACCCACUUCCAUAACCCUCCCAAGUCGUCUUUUUUCAUCAUCAUAUUUCUCAUCGAUAGCUAAAUCCCCCCCACUUCCUGGUUUCAUUAGACCUAAAAGACAACAUUUGGUUCUUUUAUCUCAUGCUGUUCAAGUACUUACACCUUGUGCAUCUCGUUUGAAUACUAUACGAUGUAGAGUUAAUCGGUCUGGUUCUGACUCAUAUUCACCUAUGAAUUCUGGGUCCAAUUAUAGUGAUCGUCCUCCUACUGAAAUGGCACCAUUGUUUCCUGGUUGUGAUUAUGAACAUUGGCUUAUUGUUAUGGAUAAUCCUGGUGGUGAAGGUGCUGAUAAACAAAAGAUGAUUGAUUGUUAUGUUCAAACCCUAGCUAAGGUUCUUGGAAGUGAGGAAGAAGCAAAGAGAAAGAUAUACAAUGUUUCAUGUGAAAGGUAUUUUGGUUUCGGAUGUGAGAUUGACGAAGAGACCUCAAAUAAGCUUGAAGGUUUGCCAGGUGUUCUAUUUGUGCUUCCAGAUUCUUAUGUGGACGCCGAGAAUAAGGACUAUGGAGCUGAACUGUUUGUAAAUGGAGAGAUAGCUCAAAGAUCGCCUGAGAGACAGAGGAGGGUGGAGCCAGUGCCCCAGAGAGCUCAGAGUAGACCCAGAUACAAUGACAGAACCCGAUACGUUAGGCGCAGAGAAAACCAACAAUAGAUGCUCACUUGGCUGAUGGAUGAGUGUGAUAGAUGUAUACUGUGGAUCGGAAGCAAUUUUAGUUAUUUUCGGUUGCUGCCAAUGUUUCUGGUACCUGAACAGUAUACAUUUGUGGUUAUUCUCAGUUUAUAUUGGUUCUGGAAUGCUACAUUUAUCUUUUUUGAACAAAUUAUUAUGUUAGUUUCUUUAACCUAAGUUUUUGUUAACUUUAGAAGGAAUGGUCUACCAGUGUUUUUGUUACA